UUAUAGCACCCGAAUCACAGUGGCGGGAAAAAAACCAGGAGUGAGUGAGUCAACUCGUUACUUCUAGGGUUUUUGAGAAAACGAAAAAAUCAGAGAGAAAAUCGAAGGGAGAAUGGAAAAGCGAAAGAGCGGAGGAAGGAAUAAUGGAGGAAUUGAGGAGAACACAAUGGCAAUUCUCGAUACUUCUGGUUUCAACCGAUACUCUCACCACCGUCUUGACGAUAGGCUUGCUUUUCUGGAAGCUGUUCGCUCUGCUUCGUUACUUCCUGAUAAUGGAACUCCGCCUACUAGCACGAUGUGGCAGGCAAUUUUCCAAAUUUUGAAGGAAGAGACUUCCCUUGAACUAAUAAUGGGAAGUUAUCAACUUCUAAAUGAGUUGGAUAAGCGCUUUCCUAGGUUGUGCUUGCCCGAAAUGGAGAAGUCAGAAUCAUGUCUGCCACCAACCAUUUCGAAUGAACCUGUUGUGGCUGAAGAGGCCUGGUGUCCAUUUACUCUUGGGUUGGAUAGGGAUGAUGAAAUAAAUAAAGGUUCGAGUGGAUCAAUUGACUCCGUGGUGAGCCAGAUCUUAUGUAAUUGGCUAUAUCACACAUUCACAUCAAUUUCUUAUGGCUUUCAUUCACUGAUACAAGAGCUUGGGAAAAUAGUCAACCAGAAAUCAAAAGUUUUAGAAACAGAGAUUUUAAGGAAGAUGUUACUACUUCACUACCUUGUCAGUGUGCUUGAAGCAGACUUUGUGCCUCGUAAUUAUGCAUUUAAAGAGAAGAUGAGGUGGACCCUUUUGCGGGAUUCAUUGCUCAACAUGCUUCUGGGGUCAAGAAAAAUAAUCUACAAAGGCUUAGUCAAGGACUGCCUGUUGGUUAUAUGUGAUGUAUUCUCUGAUUUAUCUGACCAAACUGAGUCCACCUCUGAUCUGGAUUCAGUGGCACCUCCCUUGAAGGAGAUAUCAUAUAUUGACACUUCUGCUUUUGCACUAGCUUUACCUGAACUCAAACGAUCUACUUGCUUCUAUCUGAAGAAGCUCCUCAUAAUGAUGUUGGAGCUGGAUACAUCACGGGAUGUGGCUGAUGUUCAAGGUCUUACCACCAGAGCUGAUGGUGUGAGAACACCUGCUGCAGAGAUCAUUUUGGAUGAGCUUGCUUACAAUUCUGACACGCUCUCCCCCUUUUUUCAGGUCUUUGAUGACCCCAGGUGGAAGCUAAAAAUGAUCAUGCCGUAUUUUCAGAAGUACAUUCCUAAGGCUUAUGCUGUAUUUUCAGAAGUACGUUCCUAAGGUAAAUGGAUUCUUCUAUCAUCACGAGAGAUCUUAACAAAUGUAAAAACAGACACUGGAAGUAUCUCCACUUAAUUCACCUGGUAGGAAUUAUGUAGUGGAAGGUAGGCUAGAUACAAGAAUUGGGACGCUGUUUUAGUCUAUCGAAUUUAGUUUCAUUAUGAAGCUUCGUAUUUUGUUAUUGGCAUUCUGUUGUUAUUGUUGCUCUGUUUUGUUUGCUUUUGCCUUUAGAGUCUUUAUAACUUUUUGGUGAUAGGAUACAUGUAAUAUGUUGGGAUGUUAGACAAUAUGCUCUUGAUACAUACCUCCUUUUCUGCUUUUGAAAAUACUUCUUUUAACCUUUUCUAACAACUUCUUCUAUCCUGCCAACCUUUCCGCUUUUUUGAUUACUGGUUUCAUGCUGCGAUCUUUGUGUGGCGCUUCUAAUGGCAGGCUUAUGUCAUACAAAGUGUCCUACCCUGCAAUUGAACAGUUAUGCUAUUUGUUCAAUGCUAUCCAGCUAUUCCACCGGGAUAAUCCACACUUCUUUAAAUUAAUCCGCUGUUGGAAAAGCUUAAAAAAAAGGGUUCUCUUUCUCCAUCUUGUAGGACAUUUUGCAUGUUUUCAUGAGAUGAGGACGUGAUCAUAUUUUGAUUCUUGCUGCAGCAUAAAGUCAAUUUCUAGUGACUUGGUACUUGUACAUGUUCGAAUGACAGUUGAGAUUUGUCUGUAGUGACAUUUUUCUGGAUGCUAUCUAGAUGUUCUCAGUCCUAUUUUUGUUGCACAGCAUGACACAUUCAGUUUUAAGGCAAGAAGUACACUCUUUUAUAUAUAAAUACAGGGAUGAGUUAUUAGUUUAUUUGUUAAGACAGUAUGUUCGCUAGAUGUCCAAGCCGCCAUGUCAAAGACUCAUAACCUUAUUUGAGAAGUCCUUGGACUCUGUAGAUAUUGACCGUGGAACUUUUUAUUACAGGCAUUAGCAUAUAGAAGAUGACCCAUUUCUCAUUCUAACAUUCCUUAUACUUCCUGUGAGAAUGCAUAAGAGAAAAACCUAUUUAUUAACAAUGAUACAAUGAGCC